AUUUUACCAGCCAGAGAUUUUCCAAGAGGGCUUUUGAAAGAUACUUCGUUUAAGGAUCCAGAUUUACCAUCCCUUAGCUCCAGGCUCCAGACGACCAUUUUGUUAGCGAGGGCUCCUGGGACGGUAAACAUGUAUGUUAGAGCCUUUAGGAAGUGGAAGGAGUUCGCCUUGCGCAAGCAGGAGCUGUCGUAUUUCCCUGCUAAUCCAAUGCACGUUGCCGUUUAUUUACAGCAUGUUUUAGAAUCCACCAGAUCGAGUGCCUCUGUUGAUACUGCUUUUUAUAGUAUCAAGUGGGCCUGCGAGUCAGCGGGUCUUGUAUCCCCAACGGAGAACCCUUUAGUUAACAGGGUGCGGGAGGUCGCCAAGAAAAUUUUAGUCACUAAAACGGGGAAUAGAAAAGAACCUCUUUCCAUUGAAAUUCUCAAGGAUGUAAUCGAUGGUUCUGAUUUGUCUAAUACCCUUCAACUUAGAAAU